UCUGUCAGUUUGUCGGAUUUCCACGUAUGAAUGCGCGGGAGACGCGUGCUUUACGCGCCAGUAGUGCACGGCGCCGCGACUUACCCGCUGCGCAUACGCAUACCGGGAAAACUCGUGCAUGGUUCAUUUUAUAUUUAUUUAUUAAAUUAAAAGUUUUAGAAAAUUAAUCGUUAAUAAGUGCAGUUGUUUUCUAAGUAAAAGUGCGGUUUGGUAUAGGUAUUUUUUUUUGUUUAUGUUAUUGUGCAACGAAAUGCAUUUUUUUCAUGACAUAUUGCAAAUUAAACUAGUUUUGAAUUUCAACAUGUGUCAUUGAAAAUGAUAGACAUCUAUCAAGCGUGUCAGAAAGAUCACCCGCGUGUGAAUAUCAGUGCUAUCUAAUAAGUUAUCUACUGCACACUUUGGCGGCAACAUGCUGUCUACUUCCGGCCUAGUUUUUGUUCUCCUCGCGCUUGCUGUGGGUCGCGAAGGUGUGCUGUCGUCGGCGUGGUCGCGCGAGCUGCGCUGCGGGCGGCGCCUGGUAUCGGGGCUGUUCUCGCGGCCGCGGCUGCCGCUCGGCUACUCCUACGUCGCCACCGUGCCGCGCGGCGCCUGCAGGCUCAACGUCACAGAGAUCAUGCCCAAUGACAAUUAUAUAGCUUUGAAGAUAACCAACGGGUCGUACAUAAUGAACGGCGAGUUCGCGGUGUCGGCGCCGGGCACGUACGAGGCGGCGGGCGCGCGCUUCCACUACGCGCGCGACGGCUCGCGCGACGCAGUGUUCGCGCACGGACCCAUACACCAUCCCAUCGAUAUCAUGAUACUUUAUACGCAACCAAAUCCUAGUAUAAAAUAUGAAUAUUUCACGGAAUCACUACCAGGUGAAGUGGAGAGUGAAGCUGUUACGAAAACUGAUUUGGUUGGCGUAACACCGUCCACGUUUCCUGCAACUCAUUUUCGACGACAUCACAGUUAUGAAAUGCAUUCUAGAAAAAGUAUAGGUGGACCAAGGCAGCCAGAAAUAAGCAUUAGCCCCGAAGAUGCUAACGCGGAUGAGAUUAUCGUUGGCAACAGAAAGUUUAUGUGGAAGAUAAUGUCUUACACGCAAUGUACGAGAACCUGCGGAGGUGGUAUUCAAUUGGGUAAGUAUCGUUGCGUGGAGGCCAAUCCCAGUAAGCGCGAGGUUGCUUCAACACACUGCGCGGGUCCCACUCCUCCUCCAAGUCGUCGCAAAUGUGGGACCAAUGCCUGUCCCCCUCGGUGGCGGGCGGCGGCCUGGACUGCAUGUCCGCGAUGUGGACCCGCUACCAGGACCAGAAUCGUUGGCUGCGUACAGGAUCAUGCUAAAGGCAUUACUAAGAUCAGUGAUCAAAAAUGUCCUCUACCAAAGCCAUCAACAUCGGAGAGUUGUGUCAUUCCCGACUGUAAUGUGCAAGUUGGUGGUGAAGUGAGGCAGAUCACAUCCAAGCGCGUGAUCAAACCGAGAGACCAUACCGACGCCUUCAAGGAAGGACCAGUGUAUACGGUCAUUGUCAAUAAUACCGUACAAGAUGUUGGACCAGCUUAUUCCUUCAGUGCAUCUACUGCCGGCUGGAUAUAUACUGACUGGUCGGAGUGUGUAGGCUGGUGUGUUGGUGGUGGUGUUCAGACUCGAGGAGUUCGCUGCGGUGAGCCAUCAGGUUGUUCCUCGAAAGCGCCUGAAUCAAAACGCCCCUGCCAACCGAAGUCUGAAUGCGCACCAAUUGAUGGAAAUUGGUUCACUGGUGAAUGGUCUUCUUGCUCAUCUCCCUGUCGAGGAAAGCAAAUCCGUGGAGUACUAUGUAUCGGAGGCACUGGUCGACAUCUGAAGGACACGGCAUGUCGUAUGCCAAAACCGGCUCAUGAACGUGACUGUUCAGGGGAUUGUAAAGCUAUGUGGCACUACGGCGAUUGGGGACAGUGUUCAGGGAACUGCAACACAAGCAGUUCAGGUAUUCAGCUCCGCACAGCUGUGUGCAGUAGAGGUGAUUCCAUCACCAGUGAUGGGGAGUGUAGCCAGCCUCGCCGUGCGACUCGGAUUUGUGACCUCAACUGCGUUGUGCGACCUGCGGCUGCGGCCCCGAAGACCAUCGCUGUUGACAUCAAGCACCAACAGCCUUUGGUUAUUGAGUCUCAAAAAGCUUCAAGCGCUGAUAGUCCUCAACAAAGGAGUAUUUCACAAAGAACUAAGGAUCAUAUGACAAAAGGUAACUGCGAUGAUAAGUUAAACAACUGCUUCCUAGCGGUGCAAGCUCGCCUGUGCAACUACAACUACUAUAUUAACAACUGCUGUCAAUCCUGCGCCGGUCGGUGAACAUUAAACAUAUUACGGUGAGUUGCACCAUUUUACUAUAACGAUAACCGAACUUUUUGAAGUUGUCAAACAGCCGAUUUGGCUAACGUUUGGUACGCAUACGGCUGGUUAUAGUUUGUGAGUAGUUCUCGUUAUAUUGAAAUGGUGUAACUCACCUUCAUACUUUUAGUAAGCCUAAGCUUAGACUACGAAACAAAACACCAGUGGUGACCAACUUCUAAAAUAUAUUACGAUGGAUGUU